AUGCAAUACCACCCCUGCUGCACCGAUUCUCUGGCCAAUCUCGCGCUCCAUUGUCCCCUCACUUGUGAACAAGACCCCGAAGUACUUGAACUAUUUCACUUGGGGCAAGGCAGCAUUCCCUAAAACACAUCUAGAUUGGAUGUGCAUACUCCCAGGCACCCUGCAAGAUCCUUGUGAGAGUGACGAGCUGGUCAGUUGUUCCACGACCAGGACGGAACCCACAUUGUUCCUCUGGAAUGGUUAGUGAGUGAAAUAUAAUCUUGUUCAGCAGGAGAACACAAAGACCUUAUGUUACACAAAGACCACGUGACACAAAGACCUAUGCUGCUGUCUUCCAUCAGAGGGAGGCAGAGAUAUCUUGGUGGGGGGGUUGAACUGUUUGGGGCCUCACCUAUGUCAGAAGUGAAAACAACCAAAGAGCACUGUGUCUCGUCCGUGUUCGGCCAUGAAAUAGGCUGUUGUCCUGCCCAGGAUGGACCCACUUCUUGCCCAGUGACCGCUGGGAUAGAGAAAAUGAAUGGAUGACCACUAAAUUAAACAGGAGUUAGAAUCAGUGUAACAAGUUGGACAAUAAAUAUCUGGUUUUGUUCUGGUCCAGUGUGUGUUGAAUCAGGUGCAUUUAGUUUUGGGGUUGACAGUCAGAUACUGAUUUUUUAUAAAGAUUCAUGAACUAAUAUUGCAUUUGACAAUUUUUUCAUCACUUUCAAGUGAGUGAUAAGUUUGUCAUUUAGAACAUUUGAAUGUUUUUAAACAAAUUUGUGAUUUUGAUCCCAUUGCUUUUUAAAAAAAAAAAUACUUGUUUUUAAUUACUCUUCAGAUUUUAAUCAAUUGUCAAAGUUUAGAUGUUUAAAAUUAAAAUUAUUUUAUUGAUUUUGAAAUAUUUUAAGUGUUUUGCUGUUUUCUAAUUUCAGUCAUUUUCAUGUUCUUAAGAAUGUAUUUUCGUUGUCAUUUUUAUAGAUUUGGGCCUUCACACCAACACCAUAGCGACAACAUGUCUACACGGACAAAGUCAAAGAACCAGGGGAGGAAGAGGCAGAAGGCUGCUGCUGAUGCAGAAGAGAGGGCUCCAUCUCCCACCCCACCUCCUCCAGCACCAUCCCGGGCUGUCGCCAGGUCUCCCACCCCACCCCCUGAAGCCACUGCUGUUGAUGAGGUCCUGGAAGUCGUUCCUGGUACUAGUGAUGCCGGAGACGCAUCUGAGACACUUCUUACUGUUGGCAAGGGGAAGGGCAGGGGAACGAAGAGCAAGGAGAAAACAGCAGACCAGCAGCUCGAGAGGAAGCCAAGGAAGAACUUCACCCUCCCACCAGAACAAGAGGAUGCUGUGUUUGAGUGGCUGGAGAAAAAUGAGAUGCUGUGGAGAAGGGGGCACAGACUGUUCAAGGACACGAACAGGAAGAAGGCCUUGUGGGAAGAGAAAGGGAGGGAGCUGGACGUGUCCUCUGAACAUAUGCAGGGCUGGUGGAGGGGGAUGCAUACCUGGUAUGUGAAGCUGCACAAGGUCAAGUCUGGGCCGGCUGCGAAGAAGCUCACAGACAGAGAGAAAGAUGUGCUGCAGAAGUGUUCCUUCUAUGAGGGACAACUGAGACACCGGUCAUCUGCACCUACGAAACCUCUGCCUCGUGACGUGGACCCUGACGCUGCAGAAGCUGCUUCUGAGGCUGGAUCAGAGGUUGAGAGUGUCCUCACUGACGCAGCCGACCGAGAUGAGGAGGUGGAGACUGAAGGGCUGCUCUCCAACAUAGAGAAGACUGCUGUACAGGCCUCAAAACGUGCAUUCUACAGCAGAGGUGGCACCAGCCGUUCGACGAAGAGGAAGCGCCAGGAUGCUGAGGAAGAGGAGUGCUUGAGGGAGAUCCGGGACAGCAUGAAGGUCAACACCCAGCUGCUGUCCCAGCUUGUUGGCAAGAAGUCAUCCUCACCCAGGGAGCCUUUCAUCACCUAUGUGUCGGACACGCUGAGAAGACUCCCCGAUCAUCAGUACAAAGCCAUGAUGAGGAAGAUCACCUCCCUGCUGCAGAACCUCAACGCCACCGACUCUUCCUCGUCUGCCGAUCUCCCCUCUGUUCAACCUGCAACACCCAGGCCGAGGUAGUCCCUGUCUGCACCUCCUAAGGGCCUGUACCAGCUGUACCAGCAGCCACAGCCACCUGCCUACCCCCAGUAACAGCCAACACAGCGGUUCCAGCAGCCAAGUACCAGUGGUGCCACUGACCAGCCAAGACGUUCAGCAGACACUUUGUCACAAGUGUUUGAGUUGACACAUGGCAUCUUGGAUGGCUCCCUGAACCUGUCACUCAGUGAAUUGGGGGAUGACAGUUUGUCAUCCAUGAGGUCCCUCAACACACCUCCUGCUCCACUGCCUUUGACUCCUGCAACUCCACAGCCACAGGGAGAGACCUCUCAGUAGAUUUAUGGACUAUAUUGUGCC